AUGGACGCGGAAAGUGAACAGAAACAAGACGCGAUCACGAAAAAAUAUUUGGAUUUAGCUAUUUUGUCGGACGCGUCGACUGUCAUUGUUGAAAACGGAGAAGAAAUUGUUAAAGUUAACAGCAUGCAUGUUCCUAAUGGUACCGAUCCUCAAAAAUAUUUAAAUGGACCGGAUCAGAUUAUACCCGCAGACAGUUAUAUUAGUUGUUCUCCUGGAGGUUAUGUAAAGCUCCGUAUAGGGUCUCGUGGACCCUCCGCAGAACCUCCCGUGUCAGUUCCUGGUCUUUUAAAUAGAAUGGCUAUUCGUUAUCCUAACGAAGCAGCGUUGGCCACCAAGAAAAAUGAUGGAAAAUGGCAUAAACUAACAUAUAAGCAAUAUCAAGUCAACGUACGCACAAUUGCAAAAGCUUUCCUUAAAUUAGGUCUUGAACGGUACCACUCAGUUUGCAUUUUAGGGUUCAAUUCCGAACAGUGGUACAUUGCCGAUCUUGCAGCCAUUCACGCUGGGGGAUACGCAGCGGGUAUAUAUACAACUAAUUCAGCCGAAGCCUGCUUUCAUUGCCUCGAAACAUCUCGAGCUAAUAUCUGCGCAGUUCAAGACAAAAAGCAACUGGAAAAGAUACUCUCAAUACAGAGUCGACUGAAACAUUUAAAAGCUAUUGUACAAUGGGAAGGACCUGUAGAUACCUCCGUACCUGGAGUCUAUAGUUGGGAACAGUUAAUGGAAAUGGGUUCCAAAGAGCCAGACACGCAACUUGAUAACGUUCUGAAAACUAUUGCUGUCAACGAAUGCUGCACACUUGUUUACACCUCUGGAACAGUGGGCCCACCUAAAGCUGUGAUGCUCUCUCAUGAUAAUCUCAUAUGGGACACGUACACCGUUGGUGAAAGAUUACGUGACAUAAGACCCACCAACGAACGACUUAUUUCCUAUCUACCGUUAAGUCAUGUUGCUGCACAGGUAGUUGAUAUCUACAUAACUCUAGCUAACGCGGUAACAGUAUAUUUUGCACAGCCUGAUGCUCUCAAAGGAAGUUUGAUUGAAACACUAAAAGAAGUACGGCCAACUAGGUUCUUAGGAGUACCAAGAGUAUGGGAGAAAAUGUACGAAAAAAUCAUGGCCGUUGGUGCGUCCAGCGGUGGUUUGAAGAAAUCCAUAGCUGUAUGGGCAAAAGAGAAAGGGACACAACAUCAUUUAGCGAGAAUGAAUGGUGCUUUCUCAGCGGAUAUGAGAGGUCUGCCGAUAGAUUUCACACUAUGUGAAAUGAUAAAUUAUUGGCAAGAAGGCACGUCAUGCGGUUAUAAGUUGGCUAAAUCGCUGGUAUUUAACAAAGUACGGGACAACCUGGGCCUAGACAAAUGUCUUACCUUCGUAACGGCCGCUGCACCACUCUCGCCGGAUAUCAAGAAAUUCUUUAUGUCCUUGGAUAUUCCUAUUGUGGAUGCCUUUGGCAUGAGCGAGGCGGCCGGCGCGCACACUCUCAGUGUUUACCCCAGAUUCAGAUUGGAUUCAUCUGGUGAGGUUCUUGACGGGACUGAAACCAAAUUUGAAGGUUCAGCUAGCAUUAACGGCCCGGGGGAGAUUUUAAUGCGGGGACGUCAUGUUUUCAUGGGAUACCUCAACGACGAGGAAAAAACUAAAGCUGCACUCGACGAUGAAGGCUGGCUGCAUUCCGGAGACGUUGGUCGAUUGGACAGCCAAAACCAAUUAUACAUAACAGGUAGAAUUAAGGAAAUAUUGAUAACCGCUGGAGGUGAAAACAUAGCUCCGGUGCUUAUCGAGCAAGUGGUUCAAUCUGAGCUAUUGCAUGUCGGAUAUGCGGUCCUUGUGGGAGACAGACGGAAAUUCUUAUCCAUAUUAUUAACGCUAAAGGCCAAAGUAAACUCAGCUGGAGAUCCUUUAGAUGAAUUAGAUACAGAGGCAAGGAAAUGGGUAGCAAGUCUUGGAAGCAAAGCUACUACCGUUAGCGAGAUUGUCAGGACCAAAGACCCUGCUGUUUACAAAGCUAUAGAGGACGGACUCGCUCGUGCCAACAAACAGGCUAUUUCGAAUGCGCAAAAGAUCCAAAAAUUCGCUAUAUUACCCGCCGAUUUCUCUAUGAAUACCGGGGAAUUAGGACCAACACUAAAAAUAAAAAGGAAUGUCGUUUACGAGAAAUACAAAGACAUAAUAGAAGGUUUCUACAAGGAA